AUGAAUGAAUCGAUGGUGAGACGCUGGAAACAGCAGCGGGAAGAACUGGAGCAAUGUAAAAAGACGAAAAAUAGCUUCCAGAGGGCUCAACAUAGCAGACUGCCAGGCAGCGUUUUUCACACUGAGCAUGUGGCAGAAGUCGUCAAGAGGUGCCCACACCACCAAAGCGAAGACCCGACCAACAACAAGAGCCAUCUGAUCGAAGUGGAGGGCAGCCAGCUGGCCCAGUAUGUUGAGGAUCUGAACACCAAAAGCCAGAGCGUGACUGUGCCAGGCUUCAGCCUCCCUUUGAGUCAGGACACCUUCUGUGAUUUAUGGAACAAUGUUCGUUUGUCGACUUCGGCUGACGGAUUACCGGGUCCGAAUAUGGAUUUUUGGAAGAAUCCCGAAAUUAAGGAGGAAACUAUAAAUGUGUCUGCUGCCCCAACGGUCCCUGCAGUUUCCAAUUAUACAGGGCAACACGAUUUUAUGCUUAAAUUUAACGACUUGGGAACUGCUAAAAGUGUCACCUCCACGUCUUCAGAAAAGCUUGGGAAACUAUUCUGCCAGCUGGCUAAAACCACUCUGAUUGGGAUUUUGGUUAAGGAGGAGCCUCCGCAGGGCGCCAUCAUCAGCGCGACGGCCGUGUAUAAAAAGACUGAGCAUGUGGCAGAAGUCGUCAAGAGGUGCCCACACCACCAAAGCGAAGGCCCGGCCGACAACAAGAGCCAUCUGAUCGAAGUGGAGGGCAGCCAGCUGGCCCAGUACGUUGAGGAUCUGAACACGAAAAGCCAGAGCGUGACAGUGCCUUACGAACGCCCACAGCUGGGAUCUGAGACGACCAAAAUCCUGCUGAGCAUCAUGUGCACCAGCUCCUGCAUGGACCUUACUUGA